AUGAAACUUGUUUUUCUUUAAGCUGAGCAAAAAGUAAUCUAAUUGAAUAUAUUUUAAAGUUCAAAUUCAUGAAGUUGAAUUUGGAUCAUUUACAGAUCUUCAUCAAAAAGACUUUGCAUAGAAUAUGAAAUCCAACAAAACUCAUUUUUUUUUUUAGAAUUCAGAAAGAAACUUAAAGAUUUACAAUCUAAUCUUGAUAAAAUCCCUAUAUCAAAUGUUAGCAGCAAUAGUAAAAAAUAACCUCCUUCUCCAAUCAAAGGAAGUUAAAUAGUGAGACACUCUAGAUUCUCGUUUAUUAGAAGCUGAAGACACCUAAUUAAUUAUUUUAGAUAAUAUACGAAAUUAAAAAGAAAAAUUGCUCAAAGCUGUUGAAGAUGAAUUAUUUAUCAUUCUCAACCAUAAUAGACUGAAGUAAUCAAAGUUGGAGUCAAAAUGA